AUGUCUGCCGUUGCAGGUCACGGCGGGGUGAACCAGCUGGGCGGCGUCUUCGUCAACGGGAGGCCGCUCCCAGACAUGGUUCGUCAGAGGAUAGUGGAGCUGGCCCACAACGGCGUCCGCCCCUGCGACAUCUCCCGCCAACUUCGCGUCUCUCACGGCUGUGUCUCCAAGAUCCUCUCCAGGUACUAUGAGACGGGUUCCAUCAGACCAGGUGUGAUCGGCGGCUCUAAGCCCAAAGUGGCCACAACUACAGUGGUAGAUGCCACUCACCAACUACAAGAAGCAGAACUCCCCUAUGUUGCUACGGAGAUUCGGGAGCGGCUUCUGUCUGAUGGCGUGUGCGACCAGGAGGGAGAGCCGACCGUAUCCAGCAUAAACAGGUGGGUGACGGAGCAGCAAUAUCUAACCCAAAACUCGUCGUUCUCUUCUAGAUAUUACGAGACUGGGAGCUACAAAGCCGGUGUCAUUGGCGGUUCCAAACCCAAAGUAGCGACUCCCCUGGUGGUGGAUGCCAUUGCCAGGUAUAAACGGGAGAACCCCACCAUGUUCGCCUGGGAGAUCAGAGACAGGCUGCUUGCGGAGAGUGUUUGUACCCAGGAGAACGUACCCUCCGUGUCCUCCAUUAACAGGUAA